AUGAACCUUCAGCAGGCUUGUGACGUAUUGACAAAGGGUAACGCGAGCACGCAGGAAGUCUCUGCGGCGACCUCGAUGCUAAAUCAGAGCGACGCCUGCUUAGCCAUCGAAGCGUUGGGUGGCAUUGCUUUUAACAGUGGUGAAAGUGAGGCUCAUCGCGAGGCUGCACUCGUCCUCUUGCGGCCGCGACUGGCCAGCUGGGACCCGGCCAUGGCGGUACCAUUGCACAACUCUAUCGAGCCGGUAGUUUGUCGCUCUCUCGUUGACGAGGGUAAUAACGCUAUCCUCACGUGGCGAAUUGCCACGUUAGCAGCCUCUUUGAUUACUGGAGAGUAUGGUCAUAAAUGGCAACAGCUUCGUAAAACCAUCCAAUUACUAUUUCAAGGCCCAAUUGUGCACCCUGAACUGUGCUUAACUCUAGUCAAGUCACUUUGUGAAGAAACUUCACAGGAUGUUCGAACAUACGUUGAAUACAUACUCAAAGUUAUACACUAUACCACUUCGACGGAUAAUAAUCUCUCCGAUAAUAAUCUCUCCGACAAGAAUCUCUUCGACAAUAAUCUCUCCGACAAGAAUCUUCACAGCAAACAGGAUCUUCAGAAUCAUUUAUCGGUUACCAUCAAUGCUAUUCUCAAAGCUUGCCAACGACAAACCAUUUGUGGAGUUAAGGUAGAUAGCUCAGUCUUGAAUGACGGAGGCAAAGUACCACCAGAUAUUUGCGAGAUAGUGAAACCUCUUUUCUUCUACAUGUUACAGAGGCUACAGAGCACCAUUAAUAAUGGAGCAUGGUCUAUUGCUGGAGAGAUGAUGUCGCAGCUUACUGCUGCAUGUGACUAUGCUUAUUCCCCUUUGUUUGUCUCUGUAGAGAUUUUGGAGUGUUUGGAAAGCAUUCGGGUUACGGUUACGGAGGUGAAUGAUACCUUGUUCAUAAAUCCAGAGGCCCCCAACGAUUUAGUUGUUGGACUGUUACACCUAGCAGCGGUUGCUUGCAUAGGAAUCUUUAACCACACAGGAACGGUAAUUGACCCGCGACUUGCAGCCGUGCAUGAGCGUUUGUUGAGGUUCAUGUUUAUGUGCUUGUCGUCGAGUCCUUGUUCUCUACACACGUGUGCACACACGUGUGCACACACGUGUGCACACACUUGUGCGACGCAGCCGCACGAACUGGCGAUGCAAGAAUGGGCAAUUCAGCGAGGGGAUGUGGAGAGCUGUCUGUUGGAUGCUAAUUGUGACAUGGACAUGCUGGCCUACGAAGAAUGGGAUCGCCUUUUAAGUAAUAUCGAGGAUGGUCGUUUGAAGAAAACAUAUAUUGCAAGUUUCUGUGAUCCAUACUUGGCUCGUAACGCGGCAAUUGAACACCAAGGAGCAGCGUUACUAGUGAUCGGAUUGUUGGUUAGCAACACAGAUCAGUCUCAAGGCAUCCUCAGUCGAGAAAGUCUGUCGAAACCUUUCCAGGCUUUUGAACGAGCCUUAGUAGAUACCUUUCCUGGUCCACCUACUGGUCAAGUACGACCUAUUAAGCAGGAAUUUUUGUGUGCGAGAUUUCGUUGGUCGGCUUUAUGCUUCAUCCAAGAGGUCUUUGAUUCGUUCGGUGAAAUUCUAGCGGAAGAGGACAAAGCUGUAAAGUUAUUUCAACUAAUGUGUGAAAGCUUAAUGAAAGAAUUUGUACCCAGAAUUAAAGUGAAAAUAUUGAUGAGUUUACAUCAAGUGGCAGAGCUAUGUAAUCGUGUUCAAAACAGAGACUUUGAAACUGUAGCAUCCCUAUCAUUUGAGACCUUAUUAUUGCCCUUAAUUCAACGGUCAGCGGACACUGUUGCUUUAAACAGUUGCCGAGUAUUGGGAUCAUUACAGCCUCUACAAUUGACUCCCGCAACAUUGCAGGUUGAGAUUGUAUUGCGAGAGGCUGAAUAUGCUUUGACCUCACAAUUGCUCCCCACAGUCGGAUCGAAGGUGGAACAGGUUUAUGAUAUCUUGAUGAAAAACUGUAUGAGUGUUAUCGAUAACAUCAAGUCACUACCCAUGGCCGCAGCUCUCUCAGAAGGGGCCUUGGAUCUUGCCAGUCGAUUGAUCGAGUGCCACGUGGCAAAGUGUGGUGACUCAAGUCGAGUUGAUUCAAGUCGAGUUGAUUCAAGUCGAGUUGAUUCAAGUCGAGUUGAUUCAAGUCGAGUUGAUUCAAGUCGAGUUGUUGAAGACGCUAAAAGAUUAGUACAUCUUAGUAUUGAGUUACAAAAUCUGAAGCCACCUCCAGAACUGAACGACAUCCGUACCGGGGUUGCCAGCCCCUCCUUCCAGACUACCUUGUUCCAAAUCUUCGUACGAUGUUUAUCUAGCCUCAAUCCGGCGGAGGUAAGGACAGAAAUUCAACAGAUGCUGUCGAUUAUACGUUCACGUCUUUUGGAAGAAUCUCCAGUGGUGAUAACACGACCCAAUGAACUCGGUGUCACUACUUCUAGCUUGCCAUCUGGCUUACCCUCUACUGCUGAUGCGUUCGAAAAAAACAUUCCAGACUGGAUCGAAGAUGAUGAUGCAACAAAAAUACGUGUGGAUAACAACGGUCGAGCUCAGAUCAUUUGUGUUAACAAAAAUAUUGUGGAACAGCAUGUGGCUUGUUUAUCUCUGCUAGAAGUGGCGUUUGACUAUUAUUAUCUGGUCUUGAAUCCCGAACAAUUGACAGAAGUAUUGAAUAUGGUUGGUGAGACUCUUUUGAAUUCGGCCUUUCCAAGUAUCAGAAAGGGUGCCGUCCAAAUGUUCAACGCAGCUAUGGGUGUCUUAGAUACACGUCUAUGUGAACUUGUGGUGGGUCAGGAUGUUAGUUCAACAAGGUUGUUUGACUACCCUUUAUCCAAACAACUUAUCAGCCUUUGGCAAAGUAUAAUGAAUGUUAUGAUUGCUCUAUUCAAUAAAGAGUCCAUGGCUGUGGCAGAUGACACAAGUACUCUUCUCUAUGAGUUCGCCGAUUGUUGCGACCCGAUUCGAAAUUUGUAUCACCUCAGUGGAGGUCGUCACAUCAUUCCUUCCGAUUCGGCUACAAGCCCGGUUGCACCACCAGGCUCAAUGGCGACUGGAUCUGAGACGGCUGCAAUAUCAGCGGUGGCCGGGUCAGCGGUGGCCGGGUCAGUGGUCACCGGGUCAGGGGUGGCCGGGUCAGCAAUGGCCGGGUCAGGGGUGGCCGGAAACCCGGAAACGGAGUCGGAUAAAUUGCAGUUCUUGUUGGAAAGAAUUUGCGAAUGUUUAGACCGUAUUCUGGCGCGUCAUUCGUGUGCUGCCAGGACAAACGAGGAACGUUUUGCGGUGUUGGCUGACUCAGUAAUGCAGGUGUUGACUCGCCUGUUUAAAGGCUUCGGGUUGGCGUUAACGAAGCCUUUUAAUACUUGGUUGAGCAAGACGUUUGCAGUGUUCAUGACAUUACCUGAAGUGCAUCCUGUGGCCCGUACUGCGGCCUUGGUGGUGUUUGGCAACAUGUACGAGCAGGGAUAUAAAGAUACAAAUGGUCUACAAUUUCUGCAAUUGUGCCUGGCUUUAGCUCGACCGGAGGAAUUGGAUCCGAUUAUUGCGGCGGAUUUGGCGUGCAAGAUGCCCGUCCCGAAUCGCUCCGGUGAGGCGGAUGACGUGACGUUAAUGAUGCGUUCUCUGGCGGUACUAAAGACGCAAUAUACGGCCACUUCCGACCCAGCCAACGACCAUGAAUUUGUCCAAGAAUUUCUGGACCAUUAUCAAGGUGAGGUCAUGCGCAUCCAAGCAAGCUGCUACUGUAUAGGUGUAAUGGCCGAAUGCCUUUCUGCAGACGAUUUCAAGACUCAUCUGCCAACCAUUAACAAUGUCUUCACCACUCUCAUCAACCAUCCACUUGCCGCACUCGACUGCCGUAGAGUCAUACUAGACUGUCUUGGCUGCGCCACACUACGCAUAUUCACACAAAUGCCCGUCCUAUUCCAUACAGGCAAUCUCUCCCUCUUCAACACACAAGGACUUGUCACACUACUCAACACAAUCUUCCCUCUACUCGAAGACACAGACGACGCCCAAACCGCUAACGACAUCUUGCUACGUUGGGUACUAGCUGAUGAGAACGUCAUACACUCCCCGGACCUUGGCAAAGCGAUACUGAGAGUGUUGGAUGAACUGGCGGACCAGGAGAGCUUUGAAAACUUGGUUUCCUUCCAAGCCAGGACAACAGGAGCCGUGAAAAUUGCGAGGGAGAAACUUCAAAACAUCUGUCAGUAA